GGCAAAGUUUUCCACGCUACUAGCGUAUAGUAGGGAAGCAAGCAAGUAAAGAUUCGCAAUCGCGGUGCGCGCGCUCGCUCGCUCGCUGCCCUUGCCUUUUGUUGAUGCACCACAAACUGGCACUCGCUCGCGGAUGCACCUCGGCGGCGCACGGACUAUGCAACCGGCUGAACGCUCGAUGCGAACGACAAUAAGCAGGUGACCCUUGCAGAACGACGACCUCGUCUCACCCCACGACCGAAAUCGCCAAAAUGCUGGACGAGCAGGAAACACGCUCGUUGGUGGAGAAGCCGCUGGGCAAUGUCAAGAUCAUCCCAGACUCGCCAAAAGCGCCCUUGGGGUUCCAACCUUUGCCCCUGUCCCAGUCCAAAUCGGACCCGACCAAAGUGCCUCUGCCAGAGGAUGAAGCCCCCAGAAGACCCCGCAGAGGAAGUGCCCUCAGACAGGUGCUGAUCGCCCUGAUUGCCAACCUGGGCCCAGUCAACACGGGCAUGGUGUUCGGCUUCUCUGCCGUGGCGAUUCCACAACUGAUGCACGCCAACUCCACAAUCAAAAUUGACGCAGACCAAGCUUCUUGGAUUGCCAGUUUGUCUUCCCUGAGCACGCCGCUGGGCUGCAUCCUGGGCGGCUACCUGAUGGAUCUGUUAGGCCGAAGGACGACCCUUCUGCUGCUGGAAGUGCCUCUGAUUGCUGGCUGGCUCCUCAUCGCCACCGCAGGCGGCGUCCCACAAAUUUACGCUGGACGUCUUUUGGUCGGCUUGGGCUCAGGACUGGUUGGAGCCCCGGCCAGGGUUUACACUGGAGAGGUUUCUCAGCCUCACCUGAGAGGCACCCUGGCCGCCCUGGCAUCUGUGGCCGUCUCUCUGGGUGUGCUGAUUGAGUACGGCGGGGGCGCAGCGACUGAGUGGCCAAUUCUGGCCGGGGUGAGCGCUGCCCUGCCCAUCUGCGCCUUUCUGCUGACCGCCUUCAUCCUGCCUGAAACGCCCGCGUGGCUCAUCGCCCGUGGCCAGAAGGACAACGCCCGAAAGUCGCUGCACCGACUCCGAGCCGACACUUGUGACAUUGAACGAGAACUUGCCGACCUGGAGGCCUUCCGCGCCAACAUUGCCAACCUGAAGAACUCAAACUCACCCACCACCAAUGCCACCCCUGCCAAGCCGCAGCAGCAACACUCAAUUUUCAAAUCGCUGUUCGAGCCGGCCGCCCUCAAGCCCUUCUCCAUCCUGGUCAUCUACUUCCUCAUCUACCAGUUUUCUGGCGUCAACUCUAUAACUUUCUAUGCUGUUGAGGUGUUCAGAGAGUCAGCUGAGGGUAUUGACGAUUACCUGGCCACAGUUGCUCUUGGAGUGGUGCGCCUUUUGUUCACAAUUCUGGCGUGCGGACUGUUGAGGAGAUGCGGCCGUCGACCUCUGACCUUCAUCUCUUCCAUUGGCUGUGGUGUGACCAUGCUCGGACUCGGCACCUACAUGUACCUGGCAAAGGAGGCCAAGUUGGCAGGGCUGGCUCCUCCACCUUCUUGGAUUCCUGUCCUUUGCAUUUUUGGAUUUACGGCUGUUUCCACAAUUGGCUACCUGGUGGUGCCUUGGGUGAUGAUUGGCGAGGUUUACCCUUCGAGGGUGCGUGGCCUGUUGGGCGGUCUGACCACCUGCGCUGCCCACAUGUUUGUGUUCACCGUGGUCAAGACUUUCCCGUUUCUGCAGCAGACGGCCGGCGUGCACGGCGCCUUUUGGAUCUACGGCGUCAUCUCGACCGUUGGCACGCUCUUCUUCUACUUCUUCCUGCCCGAGACCAAAGGCAGGUCACUCGAGGAGAUCGAGGACUACUUUGCCGGCAGAAGGAGCACCCUGGACUCACCCAAGAAGAGACCCAUCGUGACUGCCAACUCCGUUUAACUGUCAUGUGGAGAAAUCGGGGACCAGUAUUAGUUUUUUUUUUAUUACACUUCGGUUGUCUCGUUUUAGUUUCGAAUGGAAUCUCGAUCUCUGCCGCACACAACGCAUGCUUUGAUUUGUAUAAUUUGUGCGACAUAAUAGACAGACGGAUGGUGUGUGUGCCUUUUAGAUGUAUUUGGUUUGCUUGUACUUACAGUAGAAGAU